AAAAAGUUAAGAUUUCCGCAGCCUUCCUUACUAGACGAUUGCGUAUGUUUAAAGAACUAGUCCGAUCACAUGCUUAUAUAACAGUGGAGCAAAAACCACACCCACAACAAGCGAUAUUCAACCCACUUUCUACCUUUCUUUUAAAUUAUUUGCUCUCUCUUCUUAAGCUCAUUUCCAACCUCCCUCCCGAACCAUACAUUACGACCUUUUGCUCAUAAACCUUGGAUACUAAUGUCGCAACUACCAGAAACUCUCGCAGUGGUACCACUGGAAAACAAAGUGCUGCUACCUUCGGUUGUGUUGAAAAUCACAAUGCGGGGUAGAGAAGCAUCCGCACUGACCCGUCGACAUUUUCGAACCUCAGAUCAGCGCAAGGGCGCACAUCUCGUCUGCAUUCCGCUAAAGCCUGUUGCUACCAGUGAUACCACAAACUCGACGACGUUGACUGAAGAGAAAGCGGUUGUUGUCCAUAGCAGCAACACCAGCAAAAAGAACAACAACAACGGUAUUGACGGGAACAAAAGCUUUAACAGUAAUGACCAAGACAUGAGCCAUGAAGAGUUGGAAUCCGGUUUGGUAAAAAAAGGCGAAAAGGACCGUCUAUUUGAAUACGGUUGCGCAGCUCGCAUUCUACGUGUGCAGCGUUCUGGACUCGGUGUCGUUUCUGUCUUUAUCGAAGGCGUAGCCCGACUACGUGUCGAUCGUAUCGUUCAAGACGGAUCAAACGUGCUUGCCAAAGUUAAAUACAUUGAACGGCCCACGAAAGAGAUCAAAAUCGAGCAUCUCAAGGAUGAAACGAUCGCGUUCAAGGCAUUGUGUCGCGAGUUCUUGGCCAAGAUGCGCGAGCUACAAAUGCCAGACUCUUUGAUCGAACAGCUUGGCAAGCUCAUCGAUGGCGUAUCUCCUUUGGUACUUGCUGAUAUGCUGGUGUCGGUCAUUGAAACGUCAUUUGAUGAGAAACUCUGGAUGUUGUCGAAUACCGACAUCAAGGAACGAUUGAUUAAGAUGUCCGAAUGGAUGACUCGCCAAUUACAUGUUCUCAAAAUUUCUGAACAGAUCCACUCCAGUAUCGAAGGCAAGCUUAACAAGCGUCAGCGGGAGUUCUACCUCCGCCAACAGUUGGAAGCCAUCAAACGCGAACUUGGAGAAAUUGACGGUGGAGCAGCGAAUGGAAAGGAAGAGGAUGACAUCGGUCAACUCACGCGUAGAUUGACUGAAGCCAACUUACCAUCAGAAGCCGCAACUGUUGCUCAGCGAGAACUCAAGCGCAUAAAGAAACUUCAACCGUCCUCGAGUGAAUGGUCUGUGAUUCGAAACUAUCUCGAAUUGAUGGCCGAACUACCUUGGUCCAAGAAAUCAGAUGAAGCUAUCGACAUCCAACGCGCCAAGCAACAACUUGAUAACGACCAUUUUGGUCUUGACCAUGUCAAAAAGAGAAUUAUUGAGUACCUGUCUGUCGUAAAGAUUAAGGGUGAUCUCAAGGCACCUAUUAUUUGCCUUGUCGGUCCGCCUGGUGUGGGUAAGACUUCUCUUGGUCGCUCGGUCGCGAGUGCACUGUCGCGAGAGUUCCACAGAAUUUCAUUGGGUGGUGUACGCGACGAGGCGGACAUGCGCGGUCACCGUCGAACUUAUGUCGGUGCUAUGCCUGGCCUCAUCGUCCAAGGUUUGCGCAAAGUAGGAGUGAACAAUCCGCUUUUCUUGCUAGAUGAGGUCGAUAAGCUUGUUCACUCUACACACUAUGGUGAUCCAGCUGCUGCCCUUCUCGAAGUAUUGGAUCCCGAACAAAACCACACAUUUUCAGACCAUUACCUCAAUCUUCCCUUUGAUUUGUCCAACGUCUUGUUUAUUGCUACCGCCAACUCGCUUGAAACUAUUCCCGAACCUCUUCUUGAUCGUAUGGAGCUUAUCCAUUUGAACGGUUAUACCUUUGAAGAAAAGCUUCAUAUUUCUCGAUCUCACCUGCUACCCAAGCAAAUCAAGGCCCAUGGUCUGGAACCAGACCAGGUCAUUAUCUCUGACGAUGUUUUACUCAAGAUAGCUGAAAACUACACGCGUGAAAGUGGUGUAAGAAGUCUUGAACGGACCAUCGCGGCUGUUGUGCGCUCCAAGUGUGUUGAGCUUGCUGAGCUUCAAGAAACCGGUACGAUGGACAAAUAUGUUCCAAAGGUUAAAUUGGCCGACCUUGAGGAUAUUUUAGGUAUUCCUACCUUUGUCAAAGAAGUUGCGGAACGUGACCCAUACCCUGGCGUUGUUACUGGCCUUGCAUACUCUGGUAGCGGUAAUGGUGGUAUCCUUUUUGUCGAAUCGACAAAAAUGCCUGGCAAGGGUGAACUCCAGUUGACAGGAUCUUUGGGUGACGUUAUCAAGGAAUCUGCUCAGAUUGCUCUUACCUGGGUCAAAGCACAUGCCUAUAUAUUGAAAAUUGCACCUACUAUCGACACAAACAUUGUUGAAAAGCACGAUGUCCAUCUUCACAUGCCAAGUGGUGCAAUCCCAAAGGACGGACCAAGUGCAGGUGUAACAAUGGUCACUUCACUUGUAUCACUGUUCUCAGGCUAUUGUGUCAAACCAACCACGGCUAUGACCGGUGAGAUCUCGCUUCGCGGCCAAGUACUUCCGGUAGGCGGUAUCAAAGAAAAGACCAUUUCUGCACACCGUGCAGGUAUCAAAAAGAUUAUCAUGCCUUACCGCAACCGCAAGGAUGUUGAAGCUGAUGUCCCCGAAAGUGUCAAGCAAGAAAUCAGAUUUGUGUAUGCAAAGACAAUCUGGGAUGUUCUGGAAGCUGCGUUGGUCAUUAGUGAGGAUUCAACCGAAAAAUGGACCGCACGCACUUAUGAAAGCCAUCUGUAAAGAACGCAACAACCAAUAACUCUUGAUAAUUAUACAUAGUUCUUAUUUUUCUUCUUCCUUUCGUAUUAAUUUUUAUAUACAAUUUGCAUUAAAGCUGGGUUGGAUUUGUUUAGAUGAGUACAAGA